UUAUCUGACCUGGAUGAGCUUCACCCCUCCCGGAGGAGAGGAAGAGGAGUGUUCCGGAGAUGGAUGAAGAGCAAAGCGAGCAGAUGAGACCCCUCCUCACAUCUGGGAACGAUGACGAGGCGGUGCUGGACCGAGGGAAGACCAGCUCCACCCUCUACACUAACUUUGAGAAGGAAGAGCUGGAGAGUCACCGAGCCGUGUACGUCGGCGUGCACGUCCCUCUGGGUCGUCAGAGCCGGCGGCGGCACCGUCACCGUGGACACCGGCAUCACCGCAAGCGACGGGACCGCUGCGACCGGGACGAGUCGCCCACGGAUACGCCGUCUCAGAGAGUCCAGUUCAUCCUGGGGACGGAGGACGACGACGAGGAGCACAUUCCUCACGAUCUGUUCACUGAGCUGGACGAGCUAGCCUUCAGAGACGGAGACAUGCAGGAGUGGAAGGAGACGGCCAGGUGGCUGAAGUUUGAGGAGGACGUGGAGGACGGCGGCGAGCGUUGGAGUAAACCGUACGUGGCCACGUUGUCUCUUCACAGCCUGUUUGAGCUGCGGUCCUGCAUCAUGAACGGCACCGUGCUGCUAGACAUGAGAGCCAACUCCAUCGAUGAGAUCGCAGACAUGGUGAUUGACAGCAUGCUGGCGUCGGGUCAGAUGGAGGAGGAGGUUCAGGAGAAGGUUCGGGAGGCGAUGCUGAGGCGUCAUCACCACCAGAACGAGAAGAAGCUUAGCAACCGCAUCCCACUGGUCCGAUCCUUCGCCGACAUCGGCAAGAAACACUCCGACCCUCAUCUACUGGAACGCAACGGUCUGCUGGCGUCCCCUCAGUCGGCUCCUGGGAACCUGGACAGUAAGAACAACGAGGCUCGUAUGAACGGAGGCAGCAGAGAGAACAGCACGGUGGACUUCAGCAAGGUGGAUAUGAACUUCAUGAAGAAGAUUCCUCCUGGUGCUGAAGCCUCCAACGUCCUGGUGGGUGAAGUCGACUUCCUGGAGCGGCCGAUCAUCGCCUUCAUUCGUCUCGCCCCCGCUGUGCUGCUGACUGGCCUCACCGAGGUCCCCGUGCCCACCAGGUUCCUCUUCUUGCUGCUCGGUCCGAUAGGAAAAGGUCCACAGUACCACGAGAUUGGACGCUCCAUCGCCACUCUGAUGACGGACGAGAUUUUCCAUGACGUUGCCUACAAAGCGAAGGACAGGAACGACCUGCUGUCUGGCAUUGAUGAGUUCUUGGAUCAGGUGACUGUUCUCCCUCCAGGUGAAUGGGACCCAAGCAUCCGCAUCGAACCUCCGAAGAGCGUCCCAUCUCAGGAGAAGCGGAAGAUGCCGUCGGCCCCGAACGGCAACGCUCACAGCUACGACUUCAUCAAGGAGUCGGAGCAUGAAACGGGACCAGAGCUGCAGAGAACGGGGAGGAUUUUCGGUGGUCUGGUGAACGACGUGCGGAGGAAAGUUCCCUUCCUGUUGAGUGACAUCAGAGACGCCGUCAGCCUGCAGUGUCUGGCGUCCGUCCUCUUCCUGUACUGUGCCUGCAUGUCCCCCGUCAUCACGUUCGGAGGCCUGCUGGGAGAGGCCACCAAAGGAAACAUUAGUGCCAUAGAGUCUCUGUUUGGAGCGUCUCUGACCGGUGUAGCUUAUUCUGUGUUUGCUGGUCAGCCUCUCACCAUCCUGGGAAGCACCGGUCCAGUUCUGGUCUUUGAGAAGAUCCUCUUCAAGUUCUGCACGGACUACGGCUUGUCCUACCUUUCCCUGAGGACUAGUAUCGGCCUCUGGACCGCCUUCCUGUGCCUGGUGCUGGUCGCCACCGACGCCAGCUCACUGGUCUGCUACAUCACCCGCUUCACCGAGGAAGCCUUCGCCGCGCUCAUCUGCCUCAUCUUCAUCUACGAGGCGCUGGAGAAGCUGGUCCACCUCGGGGAGGAUUAUCCAAUCAACAUGCAGAACCAGCUGGACAACCUCACCUUCUACACGUGUCAGUGCUCUGAACCCGCCAACAUCUCCGCUCAGACGCUGCAGAAGUGGAACCAAAGAGGCCUCAGUACAGAAAACAUCUCAUGGGAGCAGCUGGGUGUGACGGUGCGAUCGACCAUCAGUGACUUCGCCGUGUUCCUCACCAUCAUGAUCAUGGUGCUGGUGGAUUAUCUGGUCGGGGUUCCCUCGCCCAAACUCAAAGUACCCGAUCGCUUCGAGCCUACCUCUAACACCCGUGGGUGGCUGAUCUCUCCGCUGGGACCGAACCCUUGGUGGACGCUGCUGGCGGCCGCCGUCCCCGCGCUGCUCUGCACCAUCCUCAUCUUCAUGGACCAGCAGAUCACCGCCGUCAUCGUCAACCGCAAGGAGAACAAACUGAAGAAAGGCUGUGGCUAUCACCUGGACCUGCUGGUGGUGGCGCUGAUGCUGGGCGUUUGCUCCAUCAUGGGUCUGCCGUGGUUCGUGGCGGCGACCGUGCUCUCCAUCUCGCACGUCAACAGUCUGAAGGUGGAGUCGGCGUGCGCGGCUCCCGGCGAGCAGCCCAAGUUCCUGGGAAUCAUCGAGCAGAGAGUCACCGGCUUCAUGAUCUUCACCCUGAUGGGCUGCUCCGUCUUCAUGACCUCCGUCCUCAAGUUCAUCCCGAUGCCGGUCCUCUACGGAGUCUUCCUCUACAUGGGCGUUUCCUCGCUCAGAGGCAUUCAGCUGUUCGACCGUAUCAAACUGUUCGGCAUGCCGGCCAAACACCAGCCGGACCUGAUCUACCUGCGCUACGUCCCGCUGUGGAAGGUCCACAUCUUCACUGUGGUGCAGCUGUCCUGCCUCAUCGUCCUCUGGGUCAUCAAGGCCUCGGCCGCCGCCGUCGUCUUCCCCAUGAUGGUUCUGGCUCUGGUGUUCGUGAGGAAGCUUCUGGACUUCUGCUUCACUAAGAGAGAGCUGAGCUGGCUGGAUGAUCUGAUCCCAGAGAGCAAGAAGAAGAAAGAAGACGACAAGAAGAAGAAGGAGAAGGAGGAUGCUGAGCGGAUGCUGGAGGAGGAUGACAGUAAUCCAGCGUACGACGGCAGCAACGUUCUCAAGAUCCCAGUUAAAACCCUGAAAGGACGCGACCCCUCGGAGGUGAACAUCUCAGAUGAAAUGGCCAAAAGUGGCGUCUGGAAAUCAGUUUCCAUGAACUCUGACAGCUGCAAAGCUCUGAAAGGCGGCAACAGUCAGGAGAAGCUGCCGAGCGUUCAGAUAAACGUGGAAAACGAAGACGGUCGGAAAGUGGUGGACGCUGAGACGUCACUAUGAUCCACCGCCGCUGCUCGCCACCAGGCGGCGCUGUGCGGAGGACGAGGACAGAGCUGCCACCUUCUGUCCAAUCUGGACUGAGGUGAAAGAUGGCAGGAGGACCAAUCAGGCUUCACCUCGCCGCGCCGUACUUCUCACCCUGCGUUCGGACAAAGGUGAACGAUUUAUUUUCUCAUCGUUUUAUGGUGAAAACUCGGAGACUCCGCCUACGGGAGCAAAUA